GCUGGGCUUCGGCCUGGUGUACCUGCCGGCGAUCGUGUCGGUGACGUGCUACUUCGAGCGGCUGCGCUCGUUGGCGACCGGCAUCGCCGUGUGCGGCUCGGGCCUGGGCACCUUCCUGCUGGCGCCCGUCACCCGCUGGCUGGUGGACGGCCUGGGCUGGCGGCACGCGCUGCUCUGCGUCGCCGCCAUGGUGCUGUCGUGCGCGGCCUUCGGCGCGCUUUUCCGCCCCCUGCCCGGCACCGCGGGCCACGCGAGCGCCGCCCACCACGGCCACGCGCCCGGCGAGCGCGGGAAGGUGGUGCGGGAAGG